CGCCUCCAGCGGGUGGGCAAGCGGGCGGCCAAGUUCCACUUCGUGGCCUGUUACCAGGAGCUGGUGGUCGAGGGCACCAAGAAAUGGCAGCCGGACAAGCUGAUCGUGGUCUGGACCAGGAGGAACCGGCGCAUCUGCUCAAAGGCCCACAGCUGGCAACCAGGGAUCAAAAAUCCGUACCGGGGAACCGUGGUAUGGAUGGUUCCCGAGAACGUGGACAUCAUGGUGACCCUCUACCGGGACCCCCACGUGGAAGAAUACGAAGACAAGGAGUGGACCUUUGUGAUCGAAAAUGAAUCCAAAGGCCACCGGAAGGUCCUGGCCUCGGCCGACAUCAACCUCAAGCGCUUCGCCAGCCCCACGCCGACCCAGGUGGACCUGAACCUGAAGCUCAAGCCGCGCUCGGUGAAGGUGGUGGCGGCCACGCUCCAGUUGACGCUCUCCUGCGUCUUCCUGCGCGAGGGGAAAGCCACCAGCCACAUGCAGAGUCUGGCAAGCUUGAUGAGUGUCAAGCCUUCCGACAUUGGCAACCUGGACGACUUCGCAGAGAGCGAUGAGGACCUGGCCGAGGACGCCCCAAAACAGAGCCGGCGAGAAGAUGGUGUGGGGCAGGAGGAGAGGCCUCCCAAAAGUGAGGGGGUGGACAUCCUUCCUUCCCAGAGACAUCACGACCCUACAGAUACCUGCCCCCUGAGCAGGCCCCUCAAAAAUGUACUGACAGACUAUUUUCCAGGUGAGCUACGUUCCCAGGUAAAGUGGGGUGUGUGUGUGUGUGCGGGCUUGAAGUUUGUGAUUUUUGCUAACAGCUCGGAGUGGACGGAAGAAGAGGACACGUCCUCCCAGAGUGCCGGCAAAGCUGCUUCGGUCGCCGCUCCUCCCCCUAGGACGUCCCAAAAGGAAGCCGUCCUCGAAGCCCCCAGGGGAGCGGACGGCACCAGCGAUGGCAGGAGGCAGGACCUCAGGGGCGCCCCUCAUCCCACGCCCCUCGCCGACUCCGUAGCCGCCCCCCAUGCAGUAAGUGGUGCCGAGCGCACUGGGAGUGUGGGGUUCACAGGGGCGACCGGUGGACGGCCGGGAGGACGGACUGGCAUCUCAGGAGGGCUGGGCACCCGGGACGGCACCGCGACGGGAGCUUCGUUGGCGUUGGCACGGGCUGGGGCCGAAGAGGAGGAGGAAGGCGACGCGGAGGUGAGGCCGACUGAGAUCUGGAAACCAAGAGAGGAGCCGCCUGUGUCUGCGCCACGGAGGAAAAAGAGUCCCCUCAAGUCGCCGGCCCCGGCCCCGGAGGGAUCGCUCCUGACUUCGUCCUCGCCGGAAGCCCCUCCGGCGCCCAAAUGUCGGCUGGAGAAGUUGCCCUCGGCCCCCAGGCCCCCGAGCCCUGUGUUGGAGACGGCCGUCCCUCUUGGGGACAGCUCAGACCACCUCAACAUCGCGUCCGUGGCCCCAGAGAGCCCGCCCAAGGAAAGCUUAGAGGCCCCAAGUCUGGGCGAAUCGGCCUCCUCUCCCUCUCGGCCCCGCGGCCCGGUGGUGGCAUGUUUCAUCGAAGACCCGGCCCUCGCUCAACAUGACCCCGUUUUUGUCGCCUGCGAAGCGGGUCCCCGGGGGUCGUCUUGUGACGCGGCGUUCUUGAUCUUAUCCCCUGUUUUGGGACCGUCUCCCGUGGCACAGGCUUUUGGAGAGGCCACGGCUGGCGGCCUCCAGAGCGGAGAGAAAGCCCCUUUAAACGUGGCUUCUCCAGGACUGGAAAGGGGUCACGUCACGGUGAAAGCGGAGGAGAGCGGUUUCGCAGGAGGUGGCGAAGAGGCGGCACAGCCUUCUGGAGUUGGCUGGCUCGCUCUAGGAUGCCCAGUUGACCCUCCAAGGGGUGGCGCGGAGGCGAAGCAGGAUGCCACCGAAGGCGGUGAAGCGGGACGUUCAGAGGGAGACGUGGAAACAGACCAGAAGCCCCCGUUUGGGGCCGAAGCCAACUGGGAGGCCCGCGGAGCUGCUUCUGGGGAGGGGCCCCCUUUCUCGCUUUCUCCAGAAGCCCUUCCUGAACUGGAGGAUCGUGGCCUGGGGGGUGAGGCCGAUGGGGAGCGAUCCCAAUUUGAGCGGCCCCAAACCCCCACCCCACCCACCAAUGUUUUCAGGGACGAGCCACCACCGGAGAAAUUACCCAGGGCAGAAGAGGACCAGACGGACAGUGGAGAUGAAGGCAACCGCCGUCUGCUCUCAUCCGAGCUGGAGGUCAGGGAAAAGGGGGCAGAGAUGGUCCCGGUGGAAAUGCCCGCAGCUGCCCCCCCCAGCCCGGAGAGAUGUAGAGAAACCGAGAACGUUACAGCGGCUGCUGAAAGUGGUCCUCCGAGCCCGUUAGAAGCGCCCGCCAUGCUUUCCGAGUCAGCACGGGAGAGAGAACGGGCAAGCGAUGGAGAGGGUGUGGAUGAGAAGGGAGUGCCCAGAGAGCGUGCCCACGACGUGGCAGGAGAGGAGCCAUUGGGCGCGGAAGAGGCCACCCCAGGGGAGGAAGGACGAGAAAGCACCCAGGAAGCAGACGGAAAAAGCUUUCCCAGAGGCGUCUCGGAGGCCGGGGCCGUAAAGGCGUCCGAGAGAGAGGAGGACAGGAGCCCUGAGGAUCUGGGCCCAGCCUCUGCGGAGGUGCCCCUCGAAGGGGCACAGACUGGCAAGGAGCAACCCGAAAGCCGAGAUGCCCCCACAAGACCAGCAGAGGCGCCUGGCGCAGGUUUACCGCCAGGGAACAACGAGCAGGCGGUGGCCUCGGCUGGAAUCUCUCACCCCCCAAGCCCUCCCUUGUCUCGAGGAUCUGCGCCCCCCUUGCCAGCUCCCCGAACCCACAGAGAGCGGAUCGGCAAGCCCUGCCAGGAAGGCUCCGGCCCGUGCCCCACGCCCCAUGGUAGCCCAGAGCCAGAUUUGGGAGCUGAAGGGGAUGCCCAGGUCGAGUCGUCCCCCAGCAGCCCGACCCUCGUGAGCUCCAGCCAGUCCUUAUUGGAGUGGUGUCAGGAGGUGACGUCCGGCUACCGGGGUAUCCGCGUUACCAACUUCACCACCUCUUGGCGCAACGGCCUCGCGUUCUGCGCCAUCCUGCAUCACUUCCACCCGGAGAUGAUCAAUUACGAAACUCUGGAUCCCCUUGAUAUCAAGCAAAACAAUAAACUGGCCUUUGAUGGUUUCGCCUCCCUGGGCAUCUCCCGGGUGAUGGAUCCUGCCGACAUGGUUUUCCUGGCUGUGCCGGACCGGCUCAUCGUCAUGACCUAUCUGUGCCAGAUCCGGGCUUUCUUCACCGGGCAGGAGCUGAACGUGGUCCAGCUCGCCAGCCACACGGGCCAAAGCACCUACAAAGUGGGAAAAUUCGACACGGACAUCGGUGGUUCUCUGGACCCGUCCCUCUUCUACUCCCCGCACCUCCGAGGUGCCCGGGAGACGCCCGAGAGGCCAGACGCCGAGGAUGCAAAGGAAAUUACGGCAAAGGAAGAUAAAAAAUCAGAGGCGAAAGGCGCUGUCUUAGGACGUUCGGGGAGCGAGGAGGACGCUGACCUGGGAAAGGUUUUAAGGAGCGAAGCUGUAACUGAGAAGAACGGGGCAAACGCUGGCCAUCUUGACUUUUUGCCAGGGCCGGGCCUGGAGCAGGCGCCCGGGGGGGUGAGCAGCGCAGAAGUCGACGGAAAGGGGAUUGCCGACGAGGCCACCGCGAAGCCCCCCGAAGAAGCAAAGUCGGAGCUCCCCGGCUCUCUGGAGUCCCAAGCAAAGAAUGAACCGAGUUCUAAGGAGGCAGUGGCCAGGGUCGGCCCCAGCGUGCAGUCUUUCCCCACCGAAUCGGUGGCGCCGGCCUCAAAGCCAGCAGGGAGAGCACUUACGAACGGCGCCGUAGCCGGCACAGCGGAGGAACGGGGCGCUCAUCCUGAGCCCCAAAUGGAUGCUACGGGGACACCUGUGGCGAACGGCACCCCGAGGACGCAGGAAGGAUGGCUGCCCAGCCCUCCAGACUCCGGGGCGGAGGACACCAAGCUGGACCGGAAGGCGCUGGCAAACGGGGGCGCCGCGGCCACCCAGAGCCCAGGGCCGGAGGCUUCAGCGGCCCUUGAGGCGGAGGAAACCAAGCCGGAGGAGAAGCCGCCGUCCAGUGACGCCGAGAAGCUGGUCCCCCCUCCGCGGCUGAAGCGGAUGGCGUCCCGGGGCAGCGUGGAGCGCCCCUUGCAGAGGCUCCCGUCGGUGGGCAGUCAGGGCCCCGUGGCUCCCCCCCGGCCCCACGCCGCCAAGUCCACGUUCGCUCACGUGCGGGACGCGGACCUGGUGAAGAAGCGGCGCUCGCGGCUGAAGAGCGAGUCCCUGUCGGUCGACGAAGCGGACGCCGCCGGCCCGUUGGAGGAUCCCGCCCAGCGGCUGGCCGCGGACGGUGGCUACGAGGAAGUGUCAAGGGGCCGACAAGGAGCAGCGAAGGGGCCGCCUCCGCCCGCAUCACCUACAGAAACCUCUCAAGACCCAUCCAUGGACUCUGGCGUCAAGACCAGCACGAAAGAAGAAGAAAUUCCAAAAUUCCAAGAUACCAGCCAGUAUGUGGUCGCUGAGCUUCGGGCUCUGGAGAACGAACAGAGGCAAAUCGACAGGCGGGCGGCCGUCGUGGAGAAGGAGCUGCGGGCGCUCAUGGAAUCGGGUGCGGACAAGUUGAAAGAGGAAGAACUCAUCCAGGAAUGGUUUACUCUGGUGAAUAAGAAGAAUGCCCUGAUCCGGCGACAGGACCAGUUGCAGCUGCUGACGGAAGAGCAGGAUCUCGAGAGGCGCUUUGAACUCUUGAGUCGGGAACUGAGAGCAAUGAUGGCGAUCGAAGACUGGCUCAAGACGGAAGCCCAGAAGCAGCGAGAAAAGCUGCUCCUGGAGGAACUGGUGUCACUGGUCAACCAGAGGGACGAACUGGUGAGGGAUCUGGACAUCAAAGAGAGGAUAGCCAUGGAAGAGGACGCGCGACUCGAACGAGGGCUCCAGCUGAGGAGGAGCAAGCUCAGCCGGAAGGAGAAAUGUCGCGUCAGCUGAGAUGGGCCGAGACGGGGAGCCGACAACAGCCCCAUCCUUCCCUUGAGGGCGGGGGGGGGACAGCUACUUAGGGCGCUCUUUGCCCUCCCGGUGCCCGGACACCCCCUGCCAUGCCACGGCGUUGGUCCUCUUGGUGGACCCUUCAGGGUCCGGCCCACGGCUUCUGUUUUCGUGCCAAAAACCGGUGUGUGUGUGUGUUUGUGUGUGUGAGAUGGUUCUUCCUUUUAAUUGUGGGUCCCCCACCCCGAAUUUCUUUUCCUCUCUCCCGACCCACGCCAGAGAUGGGUUUGGAACGUUUUGGAGGGCAGGCCCCACGGACGCGAGCUUUCCGGAGCGGGGCAGAAGCCAGCCUCAAAAAAAAUAAUAAGCGAACAAACCAACACGUCCUUCCAAGUUUUAGGAACUAUUUAUUUUUGUGUGUUUGUGUGUGCUUGUGCGCAGGGGAGUUGGUCCAAAGCUGGUGCCACGUUGCCUUCCCGUUUUUACGAAGCUUUCUGGCCUCCGUCUGGAGGGCCUUUGAAUUUUUUAGCGCGCUCUGCGUUUCUUCUUCCUCGCCGGUGGUACAAAAGCCACACAGUGCCUUGAACGCGGCUGCAGCCAGCCGUGAGGCUGGAAAACACCCCCCCCUCGAGAUUCUCCCUUUUGCACCCCCCCCCAACCCACACCUCGAGCCCUCCAGCCCCCUUCCUGGUCAUCUGCAGUCAAUUUGUACCCGAGUUUGAAAUAAACGUCUCGAAAGAUAA